CCCAAGAAGAUAGAUAGAAAACGAGAUACCCUAUCUCCUUUGCACGUACGAUUCGAAAUUCCUCUACACAAUUACAUAACUCUCUUUCUCUCUUAAUCUUCGGUUUUCUUUGAUUUUUUUUCCCUCUCUCUCUCUCGAUCAACCCAUUGUUGGUUGUUGGAGUGUGAAAAUAAGCUGCGCUGAAUAACUCCAGUACUGUCUCUUUCGGUUGAUUUUCCCCAUUUUCACUUGCUGAGUCAACUCGGCCUUCACUUGAUUCUAUGUUUAUGUAUUUUAGUUGCAUGUGGUGGAUUUUCCAUGGAAACAGAGGUUGGAAUUGUGGAGAAUGAAAGGAAGAUUGUUGAAAGCGGGGCUGCUGAGGAUGGCUCCACUCUGUCCCCAAAUCAGAUUGCUGACCCAGUUGUGUACAAACUUGUCAGGGUUGAUGGUGAUGGCAGAUUUGUUCCUGCCACAGAUGAUGAGGUAAUGGAGGUUGAGGAUUUACUUGAAGACGACAAGAAUGAAAAAGUGGAAGAUGCUGGACAGAUAGUAGGAUGCAAACCCACAGAAGACACUUUAUUUGGGAAGCCUCAUGUAGAAGUCUUGAAUGAUAAGCCAGGUUUACCGCAAUCUGAUACCUUUGAAGCUGCUGCAGAUUAUAAUGCCCGGUUGGAGUACAUUGAGGAGGUCUUGCAAAAGGUGAAACAGGAGGAGAGGCUUCGCUUAACAUGUGGGUCACCGAACUAUACUUCUGCUUAUGUCAAUGGAGACGGGAAGGGUUCUGAUGAGCAUGGUAGAUUGCCUGUUAUUGAUGAAAAGCUCCAAUCCAAUGUUUCUCUGCAGGAGAAUCAUGUGAAUGAAAAUGGGAGUCUAGGCGAUUGUUUAAAGCAUCCAGAUAAAUCAGUUGAGUCUGAAUCCUCAGAUGCCCUCUGCACUACAUCCAACCCUGAUUUUUCCUUGUUGAAGGGCGACAUAUGCCUGGACAAUCUUUCAAUUAGAGAACUCCGUGAAUGUUUCAAAGCGACUUUUGGGAGAGACACUACAGUUAAAGACAAGUCGUGGCUUAAGAGGAGAAUUGCCAUGGGAUUGACCAACUCAUGCGACAUUCCAGCCUCAUCUUUUAUAAUUAAGGAAGGGAAGUUUGUUGAAGAAAGUUCUCCAAACGUGGAGGGCAUGUCUACUGCUCCUACUGCCGAAACUUUGAAUAUUGAAUGCAGAGUUUCGCCAACCACUUAUAGUUUGGAAAACAAGGACCUUCAUCACUCUGAGGAUAUGGAACUUGAUCAUGGAAGUGAAGGUCAACAUGAUGAAAGAGCUGCUGUUAAAAGAGUUCGAAAACCUACCAGGCGGUAUAUUGAAGAACUUUCUGAAGUGGAGUCAAGAGAGUAUGUGCAAAAGGUGGUUAGUUUGAAUAAAAAUACUAUAUCAGAUAGCAUAUCUGCGAAUUCCAUUGCAAGACCUAUUAAGAAGGUCUAUUCAGAUGGAGGAAGAACUGUAAUCACAAGAUUGGAUUCUCUUGGUGGAUCUGGCUUUCAAGUUCCAUGUGUUUCGAGGGUUAGAAGGAGCCGUCCGAGGAAAGACGUUGUAGGCCUUGUGUUUGCCCUUCCAGAGAAAGAUCAGAAUCCUUCAGUUACGGUGACAGAUGAAGUAGAGAAGACUUUGGAGCAGAAGCAAACAGCUUCUGACAAUGUAUCAGAUGAUAACACGGCGGUUGUUCCAACCACAAAAGGUGGAAUGAGGAGGAAGCAUCAUCGUGCUUGGACUCUUGUUGAAGUCAUCAAAUUAGUAGAAGGCGUCUCGAAAUGCGGAGCUGGGAAGUGGUCUGAGAUUAAGAAACUAUCUUUUUCAUCAUACUCAUACCGCACGUCAGUUGAUCUCAAGGAUAAAUGGAGGAACCUGCUGAAAGCUAGCUUGGUGCAGACACCUGUUGAUGAAGGGAUAAGUUCUCGGAAACAUGCGUCGAUAUCGAUUCCUGCACAGAUCUUGUUACGGGUGAGGGAGCUUGCUGAGAUGCACGCCCAAAUUCCUCCCUCAAGUCAUGGGCAAGGCAAGCUGGGUGGUGGAGGAGUUGGUGAGAGUAUGCAUGAGAUGAGUUCUUCGACGGUAUGCUCUUGACGGUUGUAAAUAAUAUACAAACUCUUUUAUCUUUUUUUUUUUUUUUUCUUUUCUCUCCCUCGAGAAGAAAUGGAAAGUACAAAAAGGAAAAAGGAAAACCGAUGUGGUGGCAAGAAUUAUAGGAAUUUUCUUAAUCUUUGCACGUGUCGUAAGACCCUUGUUAACCAUUGGGUUUUGGGUUUUUUUUUUUUUUUUUGACUUUGUUUGCCUAAACCUUUUACUGGGUCUUAUUUUAAUGUGUUUUUUUUUUCAAUUUAGAGUAAAAAAGUGUAAAGAAAAAAAAAUGCUUAGAAAGAGACGUUUAUUAAAAAAAUUUGGAGUCUUUCUCUACAA